ACAAAAUAUGGGAUUGUAAUCUAAUUACUAAAGCUCGGUUUUUCGUUUAUCAGAAAACUCAGCACCUUUGUAUCAAAAACAAAACCGAGUCUCACUGAGUUCAACUCGCCGGAAAAUACAGCCGGAGUUCGCCGUCGGCGGCCAGAAACUGUGAGAAAGUCAUACAGUAUGGAGUUUAUUGGGUCCUACCACUUAUCAGCUUCUAACUCAUAUUCUCCCGCUUUCAAGUUCAAGUGUCAACAAUUCGACAAGUGUAGAUUGACAUUACCUGGAGUUAUACUUUGUGCCAAUCGGAAGCUUAGACCUGACGAAUAUGUGUGGAGACGAAAUCAGUCAACCCAAAAUGUUGACUUCCCACCAAAGUUACCAAAGAAGAAGAAGAAACCAUUCCCUAUUCCCUUUAAAGAAAUCAAACAGUCUGGAAAGUUGGACAAAAAACUUGCUAGCAAGGGAAUAGAGAAACCUCUUGAACCACCAAAGAAUGGUUUGCUUGUUCCAGACCUAGUUCCCGUUGCUUAUGAAGUAUUUGAUGCUUGGAAGCUUUUGAUUAAAGGUCUUUCCCAGCUAUUGCAUGUCAUUCCUAUAUAUGGCUGUAGUGAAUGCUCGGAAGUACAUGUGGCUAAGACCGGUCACGGCAUUCUAGAUUGUGAAGGUCGUACGAGUUCAACGCGUCAUAGUUCUCAUGCAUGGGUCAAGGGUUCCAUCAAUGAUAUACUUGUCCCAAUUGAGUCGUAUCAUCUCUUUGAUCCAUUUGGUAAGCGCAUUAUGCACGAUACACGGUUUGAAUACGAUCGGAUUCCAGCUGUUGUUGAGCUCUGCAUUCAAGCCGGUGUAGACAUCCCUGAGUAUCCUUCGCGGAGAAGGAAUAAUCCCAUACGAAUGUUAGGGAGGAGAGUACUCGACAGAGGCGGUCAUUUAGAGGAGCCUGAGCCAUUUCACUUUGCCGACUCCUCUUCCAUAAACGACUUUGAUACUUAUAGAGCCUGUGAGCGAUUUCCCUGUCCACCAUUGUCAAACGUACCUAAAAUCGCCCAAGAAACGAUCAACGCAUAUCAAAUUGUUAGAAAAGGUGUCAGGAAGUUGAUGAAGAAAUACACAGUGAAAGCGUGCGGCUAUUGCUCGGAGGUUCAUGUUGGACCGUGGGGUCACAACGCAAAACUUUGUGGAUCGUUUAAACAUCAAUGGAGAGACGGAAAACAUGGUUGGCAGGAUGCUACUAUAGAUGAAGUUUUACCUCCAAAUUAUGUGUGGCAUGUUAGAGACACGAAUGGACCUCCAAUUGCGGCUGCAUUGAGGAGAUAUUAUGGAAAGGCUCCGGCCGUAGUAGAAGUGUGUGUACAAGCGGGCGCACGUAUUCCAGACGAGUACAAGCCGAUGAUGAGGCUUGACAUUGUAAUUCCUGAUUCCGAUGAGGUAGGAAUGAUUGCUUGAUGUUAUCUCACAAGUGCAUGAUCUGUUUAAGUGCAACUAUACAUUCACAGUCUUUAGCAAUUAGCAUGAGAAAAAUCUUCAGCAUGAUAUGUCUGAUUCCUUGAAUGGAUACCAGCUUUUGAUGUAUCCAACAUGUAUAUAUAAGCCAAUCGCAGAACAAAAAUCUUGAAAAGAUUACUCUCGCUAUCUUUCGUUAAGUAUACUCCAUGUGUCUUUAAAUAGAAGGUUCUUUUUGAAAAUCUUGUUUGUUUCUAAAUAUAUUCCUUAGACCAUUUACAAUGGACAUGUUGAAUAAUUUAUUAAGUAGUUAAAUGGGUGUAAUGGAGUGUUGAAUUAGGUGUUGAAAAUCAGGUGGAUUAAAUUGUGUUGAAUAUUUUUAUUAGAAAAUAGUACAAAUCACACCUAAAUAAUUGGCGCUGGACUUGGUAGGGAGAACCACGGUUCGAUUCCCCGCAACUGUGAUCGGGAGGGGGAUGAAACCACUUGAUGUCAAAACUCGACUCCGAACCGGACUAAACCGAUGGUAUA